CACUGUUCAUCGUCUCGCCCGUGCCCGACGCUCGUGCCCGAGCGUCGUCUGUCGUCCCGCCGCCGUCUCCGCCCAGCGCCGCCCUGAUCAGCGCCGCUCAGGAAUCCGCUACUUCCGCCCAGCGACGCCCUGCCCAGCGGCGUUCCCGUUCAGCCGCUUCCGCCCAGCGUCGGCCUGCCCAAACGACGACCUGUCCAGCGGCGGUCUUUUUCCGCCCAACGCCGUGUCCUUUUCCGGCGCCGUGCCGCUCUGCCUGGUCUGUUUCCGCCCAGCGCCGCGCCGACUGCCUGGUCUGUUCCCGCCCAGCGCCGCGCCGCUUUGCCUGGUUCCGUUUCCUGCUCUCUGUCCGUUUUUUGGUGUUGUAUCGUGUGAUUGCUUCCUGCUGCCCUUGCAGCCUACUGGUCUGUGAUUAUGGCAGCCUCUUCCUCGUCAACCGUCAACACCAAUCCCACUGAAAUAGGGGCUUUUAGAACUGAGAAUGUUCCCAUGCAGGUCAUCACUCUUCGCCUCACCAAGGAUAAUUAUUUCUCGUGGUCGCCUGCUAUGACCAUGGGGAUUGCUGGCCGUGGUCGCAUGGCCUAUAUUGAUGGGAGCAACCCCGAACCAGCAAGAACAAGUGAUGUGUGGCAUACUUGGUUUCUUGAGGAUAAUCAAGUGAAAACUUGGAUUGUCAAUUCCGUUUCCGCCGAUAUUCAGCCCCUUAUCCUUCGGAAGAAGACUGCUAGAGACAUGUGGGUGGUCCUCGAGCAAAUGUAUGGCCAAAAGAAGACCGCAAUUCGUACUUACCAAGUAAUGAAGACAGUCUAUGGCAUUCGACAAGGGACCUCGUCUGUUGCAGAGUACUAUGGGGCUUUGAAAGCCAAGUGGGAAGAGCUUGACUAUCAUUCUGAUAUUCCUUGGCAUUGUCCCCAUGAUCAGGCGCUCUAUGUUGCUCAUGAAUGGGAAAACAGGGUGUUUUUAUUUUUAGCAGGUUUAAAUGAUGAGUUUGAAGGUGUUCGAAGUCAGAUUUUGAAUUCAGGGGAGGUGUCCAGUAUUGAAGAUGUGUACUCCUGUGUUGAAGCGGAAGAACAGAGAAGGCUUGUUACAAAAGAAGGGAAGAGGGAACUUGUGCCCUAUAACGAGAGAUCUGCUCUCGUGAGUCGUGGUCUUGGCGGCCCAUCUAGGUCUCUUCGCCGGUGCACUCACUGCAAGAAGACAGGUCACACUGUGGAUUAUUGCUGGGAUCUUCAUCCAGAAAAGAAGGGGAACAGAGGGAGAUCUUUGACUGGGAGAACGCCCGUGUCUGAGGUGCAAGCCUCUAGUGGAGAAAAAGUCUCCAUUUCUGCUGACCAGCUUCGUGAACUAAGGGCUUAUUUGGGCAGGCUCGAUGUCAACAAGACUGAGACCUCAGAGGGAACUACAGCUAAUCAUGCUCUUGCAGCUAUUGGCAAUCAAGGACUUGGUGACAGGGAAGAGGAUUGGGAUUGGUUUAGCUUCUGAUGGAUUAUAUCGUCUUCCCAUACGUGUGGCUACUGCUCUGUUGACAGCGAUCCGCAAGACAGAUAAGAGAAGAGAAGAUUGUCUUCAGUCUUUUAUGUACUGGCAUGAACGUUUUGGGCAUUUACCUUUUGGGAUUUUGAAACAUUUGUUUCCAGACUUGUGUUCCUCCUUUGAUGUGUCUUCCAUUUCUUGUGAUGUUUGUCAGUUUGCCAAACAUGUGAGGGCUUCAUACCCUCUUUCUUCUAGUUGUGCUAAUGAAGUUUUUUCUUUGAUUCACUCUGAUGUAUGGGGACCUUCGGGCAUUCAUACCCGUCAAGGUUUCCAGUAUUUUAUCACUUUCAUUGAUGAUUUCUCUCGUGCUACAUUUAUAUACUUGUUAAAAGACCGCAGCGAGGUUCCUCGAAUCAUCGAGACAUUUAUUCUUCUUGUGCAUACCCAGUAUGGUGCGAAUGUUAAAACUUUCAGGUCCGAUAAUGCCCGUGAGUACAUGUGUCGGCCUGUUGAGGAGUUUCUUAGACAACGGGGGAUUGUUCACGAGACAUCCUGUAGUUACACCCCCCCUCAAAAUGGGGUAGCUGAAAGGAAAAAUCGUCAACUUCUUAAUGUCACCAGGGCUCUUUUGUUUCAGAGAAAUCUUCCUAAACACUAU